AUGAGCAGUUGGGCGAUCUACUACGAUGUCACUUACCUGCCCGCGAUGACUAAGUUGCCGCAAGAGACAAAGCCUGAAUUCGCGGCUCGAACUCAAGCCGCCAUCUGCGAAGCUGUCGGUGUUCCCGCUGGAGAGUUUGACGGAUCUUUGUGGUACAGUAAAUCGGUGCAAGAAAGCCUACUGACUUCCCAGAGGGAGAUUUGUGCCAAAGCUCUGCUUUCUUACUACUUUGGUGAGAAGGAGACAGAAGAUGAUGCUAGCAUCCUAAACCAGAGCUCACCACCUCAUGUACAGGAUGAUCGACCAACUGUGAUAAGCUAA